CAGGGCCCAGCCUUUCACCCUAUAGGAUCCUGCUGAGCUGGGACCAAUAAUGGUGCUCCUGGCAGAGCACUGGCUGCCUGGUGCCAUUGGGGCUGGGGGUGCGGAGGGAGAUGCCAUGGCUUGGGAAGUCUCUGGGGACUGUCACUACCCAGCAGAAAGGCAGGCUAGUGGAGGACAGGGAUCCAAAGAGGGAGACAUCAAAGGAUGGGAAUCAUCCCCUCAGUGGCUGUGGGGCCAGGCAGAAUCUAGCUGUCCUGGCUGUGCCUCUCUUGCAAACACAGCACCACAUUUCCCAUCUCACCAUUCCCCUUUCAGCUGGCUGAGGAUCAUCCCCCUCCACCCAGCUUCCAGCACCCACUGGGGCAGGGGCACCUCGCCAGGAAGGGGAUGUUUCACGCUGGCGGCUUGUGGUGAUGCCCAGUUGAAGAUGUGGAUGCUCCAGCUGGGCUGGUUAGGACCAUCAACCCCUUGGCAGGACUGUGGGAAGAAAGGGAAAGCAAAGAGCCCUGAGUUGGUCACGGGACGGAGCCACGGGGGAGACACCACGGCUCCGGUGGUUGCUGCUGUUGCUGUGAGCUGGGACAGGAGGUCACUUGCCAGCCCACAGGAAGGCGUGAGGGGUUCCCAGAAGGGAAAUGAGGAACUGCUCUUGCCUCAAAAGUGGCCACAAGCCCCGGGGGAGCCUGGGGAGGAGCAGAGCUGCCGGGACAAGGGGAGCAGAGUGUGGUGGGAUGGAGACCCCACAAAGCGGCAUGAACUUGUUCGUGGGCACUGUCCUGCUGCUCCUGCUGCUGCCUGAUGUUGCCAGAGGAAAGGACAGCUGUUCCAACCUGGAUCGGGGUGAUGAGCACCGUGAGUGCUGCAAGACGAUGGAGGAGCCGCAGAAGCCAGGCACCAGCAUCCGCAUCCUCCGCUUGUCCCAGCACUGCCCGGAGCUGUGGCGCUCUGAGAGCCGCGCCUGUGCCUGCCUGAGGGAGCGCUGGUUCAGGCUGCUGCAGUCGGGGCUGGCGGGGCUCAAGACGCUGCUCCUGAAUGUCAGCAGGGCUGUCACCCGUGAUGUCCUCAUCACCUUCUCCCCCACAGCGGUGAGAUGUGCCCCUCCCUCUCCCUUGCUUGGAAGGCCCCACACCUUCCAAGCAUCCUUCAGCUCCUGCCCCAGGGCUUGGUGUGCCCUGCUGUGCUCUUCCUCCUCCCCUCUGGAUGUCCCAGGGGACCAUGUGUGGGUGAUGGAAGGUAGAGAAUCUGCUAGGUCCCACUCCCAGCUCUGCCCCCAUAGAUGCUGGGUGCUGGGGAUGAGGUUCUUCCCUUCUGCCCUCAGGGCUCCUGCUGAUGUUGCUGAGCAAACCCACCUGGGCAGGGCUGAAUUUGUGCCUGGAGCAGGACUGGUGAGUUCUGAACAGAAAUGUGACCUGGCAGCAACAACCUCUCACUCUUCUCUGCUGCAGGGCCCCAGCAGGCUGAACACCACAGAGAAAGGGAAGACAGGUAAAAUCCACCUCCCCAGGGAGAUAUUCCGGUCCCUGAGUAGCCAAACAGUGCGUGUGGUGGUGACAGUUCUCAAUAUCCAGCAGCUUGGCAUGUUCAAGGAAGUCAACCAGACAGCUCAGGUCUUGGACAACACCGUGGUGGGCAUCACAGUGGGGGAGAGCAGCAUCUCGGGGCUGCAGGACCCUGUGCAGCUCACUUUUGCCCACGGGGAGCUGCCCCAAGGUGUCACCCCACAGUGCGUCUUCUGGGAUGCCAGCAAAGGGCGGGCAGGGGGCUGGGGCAGCAGUGGAUGUGUCACGCAGCCCGGGGACAAGAGGACAGUCUGCUCCUGUGACCAUCUCACCUUCUUCACCCUCCUCCUGAACCCAGCUCUGGAUGGCUCCACAGCAAAAGCUUUGAUGGCUGUUGCCACCGCUGGCUGUGCUGUAGCCAUGGCUUUCUCCAUCUUCACCAUGGCCUUCUGCAUCUUCAUAAGGUACAGGUUCAGGUUUGAGGAGACCGUCCGCAUCAACCUGGGGCUGCACGUGAACCUCGUGGGCAGCCUGUUCCUCCUCAACCUGGCCUUCCUGCUCAACACUGGGCUCUCAGGCAGGACCCACCCAAGGACCUGCAGGGUCCUGGGGGGGGUCACCCACUACUGCCUGCUCUGCUGCUUCACCUGGACGGCGCUGGAGGGCUGUCAGCUCUACCUGCUCUUUGUCAAGGUCCUCGGCACCUACAUCCCCCGGUACCUGGCAAAGCUGAGCCUGCUUGGCUGGGGCCUCCCUGUUCUCGUGGUGGGAGUGGCAGGAGUUAUUGGCACCUAUGGAGAAUACAGCAUCCAGACCACGGACCAGCAGGUCAUAGCCCACCUGUGCGUGUGCCACUGUCCACAGGGCUCAGGUGGCCCUUUGGCACAGGGAGGGGUAGCUCAGUCCUGCCAGAAGUGCAGUGGUCAGGGAUUGCACCCAUCUGGUUUGGCUUUGCACCAUGCUUCUGCUUCCUUAAUUGUGAUUGCAACACAUCAGCCACCCCUACCUCUCAUGCUGAGUCUCCUCAGGGCCUGCAGCCCUCCAGGUCAUGGAGGGAUGUCCAAGGUCCACCUGGAACUUGUCCAGGCUCCCUCCCAGCUGAGCAACUGGUGCAGAUAUGCACCCCUGUCCCCCUGCUUCACCCCAGCCUUGGAAAAUCCCCCCGGGAGAUGGCUCCCAUGGGUGCUGCUCAGGCUUGCAGGGCUGCUGGAGGCACCACAAUUGUCUCUUUUCAGGUGCUGGAUCACUUCCAAACAUCUUCUGGUCCACUACAUCACCAACUGUGGCUACUUUGGCCUCAUCUUCCUCUUCAACAUGGCUGUCUUCGGGGUGGUGACCCAGAAGAGCUGCAGCUUGCAGGGCACAGGGGCAGUGCAGGGAUACCAUAAGCCCUGGAAGGUGGCUCUGGUGGCAGCAGGGCUCUUCUGCCUGCUGGGAGCCACUUGGGCCCUGGCAUUCCUCACCUACGGCAUCUCCUCCACACCUGUGCUCUACCUCUUCACCAUCCUCAACUCUCUCCAAGGAAUAUUCAUAUUCAUCUGGUUGCUUGUCCUCUACUACCCCAAGACAAAGCAGGCCACUGGUUCCCUCUCCAACAUCAUCAGACAUGACAAAACCACCACAGCCUCCCAGGACUAGCUCCUGGCUGGGCCUCUCUUCCUGCCUCCUCCUGCAUCCAUUGAGAGCAAUCUUUGAUCCUGGCAGAUGCAGCUUCCUCACAGAGGGAGACAUCAGUUAACCAUGCCUCAGUUUACCUUUCAGUGGGCAUGAUCCACCUCAGCAGAGCUCUUUGCUUUGUCCCUUUCAUUCCUGGUGGGCUGUCCUGGGCAAGGAGCUCCAGAGAUGAUGCUUCUGCAAAGCCCCUCCAGGCUGCAGUUCCAUGGUCUUGAGGUGCCCCUGAUCUCAUUCCCCAGGGGACAAGGAGGAAGCCCACAAAACACCUGCCUUCACCAUGAUGGAGCCAACCCCCUCUUUGCUAGAGCUGGCUUUUGGUGCUGAGCCAGCCUGGCAGUGAAUUUCCUGCCACUGGAGGGAGAGGAUUGACUUGCUCCAGCCCAGAUGUGGGAGGUUUUGUGUCUGGAAAUCAGCAAAAAGAAGAGGAAACCCAUGAGCUUCUUUGCAAAACAUCUCAUUGCUCUCUGGCAGAGAUCUGCUGCAUGUUCGUCCUGCAAAACAGCCUCUGGGGUCAGCAGCAAUUCCCUCAUGGACAUUGUUCUCUAGCCAAAAUGCACAUACAGCUGCCUUGCAGGGCAACUGCUGUCCUCUCCUGAUCUGUGUUUUGGUAUUAAAUCCCUGCCAGCUGUUUGAGCACUA